AUGGAUACCGACUUCAAAUGCAAUUCUUUCAAGUGCCGAAAGCCCUUGCCUUGUGAUGCCGAAGCCAAGGCUAUCGUGACGACUUGUUCCCGUACGGAUGCAGUCUCAUGUGCCAACGAACUUUUUCGUGCGAGUCAGAUGUGUCCUGCUUGCGAAACCUCCCUCACCGAGCCGUGCGCGUGUCCCCAAUGCAGCUACCAAUUCCCACUGAAGAUUAUUAUGUGCUCGUUGCGUCCCAACAAUGAUUACAAGACGGCAAGUCAGUCGGUGCCCAAUGGCUCGCGUUCAAGCGACCUGACAUUACUCAGGGCGAUCUCUUUCUGGAACUAUCAGGUAUCCCAGGAAAACUCAUACCAACAAGCGAUGUUCAAAAAUGCCAAUGAAAGCUUGGCUCAAAUGCAGAAACAUCUUGACAACGUCAUCAGGGAAGCUAAUGGCCAGAUCGGUCUAAUGCAGGAUAAGGUCUCCGGCCUUGGACGUGAACUAGACAUGGAACGACGCCGUGUCUUUGACCUACAGGAGGUCUCUCGCGAGCGGGACAAAGACUACCAGAAGCUGAAG